ACGGCGCAGCCCCGGGAUCUUUUGUGCAGCGAUAUUCUCUCGAUGCCUGCCUCACUCCCUCGUUGCCACUCCGGAUUUCUGGGCCCCGAGCUGGCAUGAAUGAAUCGCAGAUGUGGAUCAUGCGCGUGGCUCGCACAAGUCCAUGACAGUCGCAUUUAUGGAGCAGAUCGCGAUCCUCCCGAGUUCAAUGUGACCGCGCGAGAGAGAGAAAGAGGGACCACCUGCUACAUUCUCUCGAGAGCUCAGUCGAUUCGACUAUCGGCCGCCAGUUUCACGGGUGCUGAUAACUUUCCGAGACAGCCACCAUCCAGGGACUCGUGAAUCCUGGCCGUGGGGAGAGAAGAGCGAGAAGUAAAACUUUGUCCUCGCUCGGAUUCUUGUCGAGCUACCUACGUACGUCCGGUAGCAUCAAGGGGCACCCACCUGAAGUUGCUCGGAAAGGCCGCGAUAGAUGGAUGGAUUAGUUGACUGAUAGAUAGAGAGAUUGAUUCAUUGAUUGAUUGAUUGAUUGAUUGUCCGAGGCCUCGGGACUGUUCUGCAGCGGCGUCUUUAGUGAAUGCCAUGAGUGCGCGAGCUCCAGAUUGGGAGCUAGCGCACGGCAUGCUUCGGGCGAAUUGUGGAUUCGGGAUUAGCUCGUGACGAGCUUCUCGUCUCGCUCGGUAGUGCAGCAGUAGCGUCUUAUCGCUGCCACCUGCGGCCUUCCGUGGUUUCUGACAGCCGGCGAGAAGCGAGGGGAGGGGAGGGGAGGGGAGGGGAAAUGAACAAGACAAAAGACCAAGAAGAGCUUCAGACCUUCGGGUCGAAUUUCACGCCCAAGCGUCGGUCGCUGUUUCAGAGCAAGAGCUUCAAUCCCGGAGGCAUAGACCAAAUGUUCGUAUCCGUAAACAAGCCCCAGGUGCCCAACAGGGAAGAUUGGUCGCAUUUGACCACCACGAGCACCGAGCAGAAUUUCGGAUCGCCUCUCGUCGCGCCCAAGAGAGUCACUUCUUCUCCUGCGGCCGAGAGCGCCACGAACCGCAGCGUUGUGAAGACGAUGAAGGACGACGAGGAGAAGAAUUCCACUCUCAAGCUCCGACUCGAGGCUAUGACCUGGGCAGCUAUGGCCAAAGAUGCCACAAUUCUCGCCCUCCAGCAGAGGUUGAAGGCUGCACUCCUCUCUCUCCAGAACGAACGAGACGCCAAUGCCCAACUCAAGGUCGAGCUGGAGAUGAGCGGAAAGGAAGUCAGACCGAAGCAGCAGCAGCAGCCGUCUGAGAUGCAGAGGGAGGGCGACUCGCAACCACAGUCUGAGAAGGAUGCAGCAUCUGCUCUGCAGCAGCAGCAGCUGGGGGAGGAGGAGGAGGACAGGGAACAAGAAGCCUCGGUUCUGGAUUCCGACAAACAACUAAAUCCAUCGGAAUUUCGAUCAUCUCUUGUUUUGGAUUCGCAGCAACAGCGGCAAGCGUCGGGUUUCCCCAUCUAGCUUUCUAUCUAUCUAGCUCAGCUCGACCGAGGAAUGUACAUGACGACCGAUGUAAGCUCCGCCUUGGUGUGACAGAGACAUGAGAACAGAGCCCACUGAAAUUCGUUUACCCCCCUUUGAGAGCUUUCCCGUUGGCGAGCGUGUGGAAGGGGUCGAAGGCCUCCGUAAUAUCUCGACAGAAGGCCAGAGAUUCGUCGUGACAGAUGGUCGUUGUUGUUCGUGGUUUAGAACUUGUAUACAUAAUCACUGCAUCUAGAGCAGGCGAUGUGAGAGAAUAGCAGACGUGGAGGCGGAAGCAGAGUCGAGUGACCCCACUAUUCUUAUUGCAGUGGCUUAAGUUGCUGCAGCCCCAGAAUAUCCAUAAGGCCUGAGCGAUGAUUGAAGUCCGAGAUUUUCCCCCAUCGUGGAAGGAAGGAAGCAAGGAAGGAAGGAAGGCAGCAUUCUACAUCUGUCGUCGUCGUUCGAUAGAGGACGACGGAACAUGCACAAGAUACGAGAGAACCAUUCGCACAGCUCGUCGUUCGAACGCACGUCGAACAGGCAGCUGGCUCGUUUGCAUUCCAAGCAUAUUGAAAUCUGUACUCUUGAUAUCCCCCUGUAAUUGUCCCUGGCCCCGUAUAGAAGCCUCGUUGGUUCUGACAGGGAAUUGAUUCUUUGCGCGGAAGCUUUCUUCUGUAUUUGCCUCAUUUUCAUGGUCGUUUCGUACUUUUGUGUUCUCAGCUCUCGUACUCAUCUUUCCUCCUUUAUGCGGAUGCGAAUGAAGCUCAUGCUUUUGUUUCUCACAGCUUCCAUCCUAUCUUGGAAAUUUUACUUGAUGACGUUCAAGCUCGAAUGCGAAUGCCAAUACUCACCACCCUGAUAAAGGCUGAUUUCGAAGUAAACCUGUUGUCAAAUCGGCUCCCUUCAGUGCUCAUCUUGG